ACACACACACUCACACACAUACACACAGUGCUGGCGUGCAGUCCACAUCUGGAGAACAGAGGACGGGAUCGCGUUUUGACAUCUGAAAAUCUGUGUACAGUGAUCCAAAACAGUCUUUACGCGCGAGUUACUCUGACCCGGUGAUGACUCACAUCUGGAUUCUCCUGUCAGCCCUGCUGCUGGUUUUGCCGGCUGAACUCACGAGUAGCCCUGAGGACACUGAAAACGAAGUUCUGAAACAAACCGAGACAGAGUUCACCAAGAGCCAGAAUCAGGUGAUUGAAAAUGCAAUCAGAAAUGUCAGUGAAGUAACACCAACCCUCUCACCUACCACAUCAGCUCCUUUGGCUUCCACAGCCACGCCAAGCACCAGCCUUGCUCCUCGGUGUCCAGGAAACCAGGUGAUGCAGGAGAACAGCACUGGUUGUGGAUGUCCAUCUGGCAUGGUGAUGGAUGGUGACAACUGUACCUGCCCUGUGGGCUUCACUCUGAAGGGAGCAGCAGAGUGUAAAGAUGUUGAUGAGUGUGAGGGAGUGGGACCUGCGCCAUGUGGUCUCCAUGCCAGCUGCACUAAUACCCCCGGCUCUUACUCAUGUAGCUGUCUCCGUGGUUACCUGAUGGGUUCAGGAGGAUGCCAGGAUGUAGACGAGUGUGCUCUGGCUGCAGUGACAGGACUUCAGGCCUGUCAGGGUGACGCUGAAUGCAGAAACACCCCUGGUUCCUUUACCUGUUCGUGCCCUGUGGGAUAUGUAAUGGCCCUAAAUGGACGGAGCUGCGUCGAUAUUGACGAGUGCAGCUUUGAGGAGCAGUGUCGCCGGGAGCUGGGAAACGUGUGUGUAAACACUCCUGGUAGCUUUUUGUGUCAGUGUCAGCUGGGCUUCAGAGCAGAGCCCCCUGCCUGCGUUGGUCCGAUAUGUCCAGACUACACCGUGUGUCAAGAUGUGGAUGAAUGUAUGGAGAGUCCUGCAGUGUGUGAUGGUCAGGGCGUGUGUGAGAACACACUUGGCAGUUACAAGUGUGUCUGUCGACCAGGUUACCGGGGAAACGGCACACACUGUGAAGAUGAGAAUGAGUGUGCCUCGGGUGGUCACAGGUGUGACACCAACGCUCGCUGUGGUAACAUCAUUGGGUCGUAUUUCUGCCAGUGUUACCAGGGCUUCAAUGGGGAUGGACACUCCUGUUUUGACAUUGACGAGUGCGUCGUGAACAAUGGCCACUGUGAACACAAUUGCACCAAUGAACAAGGGGGAUACAGCUGCCAGUGCACUUCAGGCUACCAGCUGGACCAGGAUGGACACAAAUGCACAGAUGUGGACGAGUGUUCGGUGCUAAAUGGGUUCUGCCAGCAUGUUUGCAUCAACACUCGGGGCUCUUUCCAGUGCUCCUGCAGACCUGGGUACCAGCUGCACAUUGAUGGCCUCACCUGUGUGGACAUUGAUGAAUGUAAACUUCAGAACGGCGGCUGCUCCCACACCUGCACCAACACUCCAGGAGGACACACUUGCCACUGCCCUCCUCCCCUGUUGCUGGACACAGACAACCUCACCUGCAGCAAUGUUACAUCCUGUGAGCAUAGAAAUGGUGGAUGUGAGCAUAUAUGUACAGUGAGGGCUGAGGGCCACGUCCAGUGUAGCUGUCGAGCGGGAUGGGAGCUGGGUGAAGACACGAGGAGUUGUGUGGAUGUGAAUGAGUGUGGAGACUUUACAAAUGGAGGCUGCGAGCAGCUCUGCGUGAACCACCCCGGAGGCUUCAGCUGCACCUGCAGGGAGGGCUACGAGGUCCGAACAGACGACCCCACCAAAUGUCAGCCUGUGUGUGAAGCUCCUUGUCAGAACUACGGAGUGUGUGUGGCCCCAAACAGCUGUGACUGUCCUCCGGGUUAUCCUGGUGUGGGCUGCUCAGCCAUGUGCUCCCCACCCUGUGCCCAUGGAGGUACCUGUAUGCGCUGGAACAAGUGUUUGUGUACUCCUGGCUGGUCAGGAGCUGGCUGCCACACAGCUGUGUGUGAGUUACCUUGUGCUAACGGUGGUCGCUGUGUGGGGCCUGAUACCUGCCAGUGUCCGUCUGACUACACAGGCCCCCAGUGCCUCUCGCCCCUGUGCACUCCUGCUUGUCUAAACGGGGGAAGAUGUGUGGAUGUUAACAAAUGCACUUGUGUUGGUGGGUGGCAAGGAGCUCGAUGCCAGAUAGAGGCUGUCGAGUGUCAGAAGCCUUGUAAGAACGGUGGCGUGUGCGUGGGUCUCAACAGGUGCCGCUGUACCAAAGGAUUUACUGGAAGUCUCUGUGAAACCGCGGUGACCACCCCCUGUGUGCCUCCCUGCCAACACGGAGCCACGUGCAGCCCUCACAACACUUGCACCUGUCCGGAGGGCACUGCAGGCCUGCGCUGUGAGAAACUGUGAGUAUGAUCAGCACCAACAGCACCCGCACAGUAUCUAUGAGCUGGGGUCAGUCUACUGUUCAUGGCUGGUCUUCUUUUUCGGAACUACCUUGAGUUAACUGUGCUCCUUUGCAUCAGUCGCAAAGCUGUGAUGUCACAGUAUAUACAUGCAAACACUUACGUACAAGCUCUUAAUCACACCGUGAUCAACAGAAGAAAGUGGACAAUCCUUGUGGAGCACUUUAAUUUUUCCGUUAAAAAUGUCACAGUAGUAGCAAGACUACAGAGAGUCUAUCAAGAUGAAAAGGCUUUGUCAUUUGUCUUGACUAAAAUAUCUCAACCUUACAGAUCAACUGUGAACUGAGCUGUGAGGAAAUAAUAUCUGUUCUAAAAGCAUAGUGUGGCAAAAACAUUGAUUCUUUAAGACAGUCAUGGGAGCCACUUAAUGACCUUUUCAGUCUGCCGGUGCUUUUAAGAACCUUACUAAAAUGUUUUUAUUUUAUGUCGGUUCUAGGACGUGCCCCGUGGUCACCACUGUGGUCAGUAUGGCUCGAGCAGUGAGGAAGGCCUUCAGGGAGAGUUAUGUUGAUCGCUGUGGACCCUUGGGCGUUCAACUUUGCACUAAAUACAGGUUAUUUGUUUUCCUGCUCCAUUCUCAGCACUACAUGGUUAAUGUGGUUGUUAUCUUGCCAAGGUUUUAUCACAAGGACGUCCACUGUCCUGCCAGGAGGAGAAGUACUGAUAAAUUCAUUACAAAACUGUGGCAUGGGUAAAUGUCACAUGCAUGGAGUAUAAUUCUGUGUCUGUCUUGUUGUUGUGUUUCAAGGAUGAACCAGGCACGCGUGUACCUGCAGGCCUACAGGGUUGGCUACAAAAUCCAGUGUCCAGAGAGGAAGGGCAGAUGAGCAGGACUGGACACAAUGAACGCUUAUUCACUUGAGGACAAUGUUUUGGAGCGAUUCUAUUCCCAAACCUCGCGUUUAAAAGAAGAAAUAUUGGAAUAAGUUAAUCUAUGUCCUACAUAGUUAAAAGUAACUCUGAAGCAUUCGUGUAAUACGACUAUAAUACGACUAAUUCAUUAUUUCUGAUGUUUGUAUAUGGCAGCUGAGAGUUCUAAAAACUGUACUGUGUUAAAAACCGCAUCAGUCUGUGAACGACUGAUAAUGAAAAGUGUAAAGUUACUCAGAGUUCACACCAAGAAAUGUUUCCAAUAAACUGUUACAAACCCGA